CCCGCCGGAAGCACUCGCGCGCCCCGGGGCCAGCGGCGCACCGGGGUCCAGCGCUCGGGGCUGCCCUGGUUCUGAGUCCCGUGGUCCCUGGCCCUUCUCCGCAUGGAUCCCGCAGAGCGCGCGCAGGCGGCGCGAGCUCGGGUGCCCAGGAUCGAUCCGUAUGGAUUUGAAAGGCCCGAAGACUUUGAUUAUGCAGCUUAUGAAGAAUUCUUUUCCACGUACCUGGUGAUACUCACUAAAAGGGCGAUCAAAUGGUCCAAACUUCUAAAGGGAAGCGGUGGUGUCCGAAAAAGCGUGACAGUGAAGCGCUAUGUCCGGAAGGGAAUCCCACUGGAGCAUCGGGCCCGUGUGUGGAUGGCCGUGAGUGGAGCCCAGGCCCAGAUGGACCAGAACCCUGGAUACUACCACCGACUGCUUGAGGGAGAGAGUAGCUCCAGCCUGGAGGAAGCCAUCAGGACCGACUUGAACCGGACAUUCCCUGACAACGUGAUGUUCCGGAAGACAGCGGAUCCUUGUCUCCAGAAGACCCUGUACAACGUGCUCCUGGCAUAUGGGCUACACAACCAAGACGUGGGGUACUGCCAGGGAAUGAACUUCAUAGCCGGGUAUCUGAUCCUUAUCACUAAGAAUGAAGAGGAGUCUUUCUGGCUCUUGGACGCUCUUGUUGGAAGAAUACUACCUGAUUACUAUAGCCCAGCAAUGUUGGGGCUGAAGACUGAUCAAGAGGUCCUGGCAGAGCUGGUGAGGAUGAAGCUACCAGCGGUGGCAGCCCUGAUGGAUGGCCAUGGUGUGUUGUGGACUCUGCUGGUGUCCCGCUGGUUCAUCUGCCUGUUUGUGGACAUCCUACCUGUGGAGACGGUGCUACGCAUCUGGGACUGUUUGUUCAACGAAGGCUCCAAAAUCAUAUUCCGGGUUGCUCUGACCUUAAUUAAGCAGCACCAGGAAUUUAUAUUGGAAGCCAGCAGUGUUCCAGACAUCUGUGACAAGUUCAAGCAGAUCACCAAAGGGGACUUUGUGACAGAGUGUCACACAUUCAUGCAGAAAAUAUUUUCAGAACCAGGAAGCCUGUCCAUGACAACCAUCACCAGGCUCCGGGAGAGUUGCCGAGCUGCCCUGCAGGCACAGAGCUGAGUGCACAGGGGCCCGCUGCCACUGUUCUCUUCGAGAGCACACACUUCACCAAUUCCUACCAUGCUGUUCCUGCUGUAAACACUUGAAAUCACGACAUUCAAUGUGAACUUUUAAAAGAAUGAUUUAAAAUUAGUGUUCUACUUUUCCUGCCUUUGGAGUCAUAAACUGAAUUAUCUGGUCCAGCCUGAUGACCUUACGGGUCCAUCCCAGGCCCCAUAAGUGGAAGCAGAGAACACUUUCAAAAUGGUCAUUUUGAGAGAGGCACACACACACUCAAUGCGUCCAAACUCUCUUCACCAUAGAUACUAGGAAUAUGAGGUAUUAUGUGUGCACUUUGUUGAGAGCAACAUGUUUCCUAGUGUUAAAAGUUUAGUGACUGCCAUAUGUGACUUUGGCACCCUCCCAGGACUUUCCUGGCCUGUGCCUAUGCAGACCUGUGCCCUAUGGGGGAUAACUGGACAGAGUAGCCUACUUCUGAGCAUGAUCCUUGGCUUUCUCAGAACGGCCCUUACAGGUCGGGCUGGUUAGGGCCCUGUCCUCUGGCUCUUCGGCAGGCGGGCCUUCUAAACCCUACCCUAAUGCCCUACGUAUCUAGCACAGCCAUCACUAAAUAUCCCCUGGGGAAGGCUAUGCAUGAAGUAACCUGUUCAAUGACACUGCUAUCAGUUGCAAAUAAGCCCUGAGCCCCUUACCUCACAGAAGACACGGACAGCUCAAAGGUUUCCUUGGAUGCAUUUCAAAGCUGUAGCAUUAGCUGGGAGGCGUGAUGUGCUAGCCCCAUCCAGGAGGGAGUGGGCUCAGCUGCACCUGACACUACUGUCCAGAUGUUUCCCAAGGUAGUUUAUACCUUAAAGCUACACCUGGAGAUGGUUUUCCUCAGGACUACCUAGUGUCAACUGCCAGGGAGAUGGAAUUCAGUCACAUGGUGAGAUCUCAUAUGGUCAGUUUUGAGUGCACAGAGAUCCUUUACCCAAGGAACAAAGCUCCCUUCAGCUCAGUCCCUUUCAAAGGGUUGAUUUCAAGCUGCUCCUGCUUCCAGUCAGACCAGGAAGGUAGAUCCACAACCCUGCCAGCAAUCCCAACAAAGCAUGGCUGGAGACAAGGCUUUCCUCUGCUCAAAGGCAGGACCAGGAAGCCAAGUUCCAAGGCCCACAGGCAGACCUUGACCUUGCCUGCCAGUCUGGAUUCUCUGCCCUGCUUUUGGUUUCUGAAGUCAGAGGCACAUGAUGCUUCUAAAGGCAGGGUUCCUGUUCUGUCUCCUGACCCCAGAGGAGGGAGCUGGUCUACAAGAUGGGGGUGGGGCACUUGCAGAUAGUGACCUCUCCCACCAUGAAUACAGCUGCUGUGGUCACGAGGAGUUUCUGAAGUCUUUAAAAUCCCACCAGCAAGCAGAGAUAACUACAGAUGAGUCUGCAUGUCCCAAGUGUGCUAUGGACAGAAAGGAGGAUGGGCAGAUCAGAGCUUCAAGGAAACGGUGAGCACCAGCCUCUUCAACUCACCUCAUGUUUAAUGUGUGUAAGGAUCUUGUGACAUAGGUACAGCAUUUCUGGAGACUAUAAUCACAUGGCCAUAUUAUCAUUAUCACCUAAGACUCAUCUAAAAGUCAGGCACGGUAGCACAUGCUUCUUACCCCAGCACUGUGAGGCAGAAGCAGGAGAAUAAACUACACAGAAAGGCCAGCCUGAGCUAUAUGAACAUGUAUCGUGUAAGAAACUCCUAGCAUCUAGAGCCAUGACAAGUGCCAUUUCUGUAACCAAACAAUGUGUAGUUUUCUUAUAGGCUGACACUGUCCCAAACCUUUAGCACAUGAGCAGCACCCUGCCUCUCCCCACAGACUGCCAGAACUGCAUCAGCACCACACCCAGGGCUCUCUGAUGGGUCACAGAAGCACAGUGCAGACAGACAAAGAAGGAGACUUUUUAUUAGCAUCGUUACAGGCAAUGCAUUCAGUGCGCUGACGCUCAGUGUACAACCCACCUAUGCUGCAGGACGGCUCAGCAGCGUGAAUCUAUUAUUGUACACAGUGCAGAGACAGGGCCACCCUGAACCCCAACAGAAGACUGGAAAUCACUUUACAAAAAAGUAAAUAAAAAUAAUGCCAUUUUCUAUUUAGGAAAGUGGCAGCUCACGGGUGGCAGAGCACAGAAACACUAGGGGGCGCCCAGCCAGAUGCCAGAGUCUGCCCCCAGGCCAGGCAGCCCAAGCCAAGUGUCCAGAGGUUGACCCUGUGCGUGUCUGUGUGGCAGGACUUCCCUGCUCCCGUGUGCUUCUCAAGUGUGCAGCCUAAUCCUCAGCCACCCUUGCCAGGCCCGAGUGUCUGGACCAGAGAUUCCCUUUGUAAGGCUUAAAUCUGAGU